AUGACAACCUUCAAGUUCGCUGAUUCUAAGCAGACCUCCAAUAACCGAGCCCUUUCCAUCUUCGAUUUCAUCUUUAGACUUGUGGCUAUUGUAGCCACUCUAGUUAGUGCCAUUGCCAUGGGGACUACAACCGAAACCCUACCUUUCGUCACACAGUUCAUCCGUUUUAGGGCCGAGUACAAUGACUUGCCCACCUUCACAUUCUUUGUGGUGGCGAACACGGUUGUAUGUGCUUACUUGGUUUUGUCCUUGGCCUUGUCGAUUUUCCAUAUAAUGAGGUCUGCUACACCAAACCCUAGAGUCGUUUUAAUCAUCCUUGACACGGUAAUGAUGGCACUACUAACGGCUGGGGCAUCGGCAGCAGCAGCUAUAGUGUAUUUGGCACAUAAAGGGAAUACGAGGACGAAUUGGUUUGCGAUAUGUCAACAAUAUAACUCCUUUUGCGAGCGUACCUCUGGUGCUCUUAUUGGAUCGUUUGGAGGAAUUGUCAUCUUCAUAUUGUUGAUUUUAAUGUCCGCUCUCGCCCUAUCCCGGCACUGA